CAUCAUCUUGGACGCUUAUUAUUCUAUCCGCGCGGUACGGUACUACGUUCGUGUCCAGUACAUCAUCAGAUUACGCCCGAGAUACCCGAAUAGCAUCUGUAGUGCAGGGCAUUGUGUCAAAUUGUGUGUACGCCAAAUCAUCAACAUGAAACACGUGAUUGUUAUCUUCGCUUCCCUGAUCGUAUUUUGCGCUGCCCAGGCAAGGGACGAUGUACAACUAGUGCAGUUCACCAACGACAACAAUGUUGAUGGAAGUUACCAAUUUGCCUACGAGCAAAGUGAUGGACAAAAGCGUGAGGAAAAGGGUGAACUGAAGCCAGUGGAAGGAGCCGACGAGCCAGCAUUGUCUGUGACCGGUUCGUACGAAUAUACUGACCCCAACGGACAGCGAUAUCGUGUCGACUACGUUGCUGACGAGAGAGGAUAUCGCCCGACGGUGACCAAGCUGUAGAGCGAAAAAGCAAAUGCCUACCAGCAACAGGGAACACAGCGAGAUUCAACGAAACAAACAGUAUACAAGUAAAUAAAAUAUGAAGAAAUACA